AUGGUUCGGUUUCAACACGAUGAUGAUGAUGGAAAUAAAAAGGUACUUGCACUCUUUCCUUCUGCUCACUCUUCACUCUUCCUUUUAUGUGUAUGUUGUGAUUGUGAUGAAGUCGCUAUUGUUGUUAAGUGUAGCGAGAACGACAGGAAAGGAUUGAUGCAAAGCUUUUGUGUUAUUUGCGAUAAAAAUGCAGAUGCGUUAGUGAUGAAGGCGCAGUUGUUGAUGAAUCCUCAGGAAAAACCGAUGAUGGGGAUUGAAGAUGAUAUCAGAAGGCGAUGA